AUGGAAAACCUACCUAGCAACGCACCCCGCCACCCAGCACCCCCCACGAUCCUCUUCCGCGACUCGGACUGGGCGGAAGCCCCCAACCCUUCUAAGCUGUCGGUCCCAGACAGCUCCACGUUCGAGGUAGAGUACCCCGUCGAGGUGACCUGGUUCUUCGAGAAAAUCGAGAACUACACGGCCCAGCCGUACGUGUUCGACGUCCCGACGGUGGACUUUUUGGGGUACAAGGACAGGCAGUCUAAGUCGGUGCUGUUCGACGCUUUUUAUCUUUUUGGCCGCCAGCUAGUGCCCGGCGACGUCGAGUUCAUGCAGCGCGAGGGCUGGUCCCUGAUGAGGUUCGUCGAUACGUUGAUUAAGACGGAGACGGGCGGCGCGGAGGACAUCUUCUCGCGCGUUUUUGAGAGGCAGAAGCGGUUCAAGGCCGCGGGCUUGAUGUGGCUGCCGUUCCUGGACGGCUCGGGCUUGACGGCCAGAGCGGGGACGGUUCCCCAGGCGCUGUUUGAGUCGUUGCCGCUUUAUGGAGAAUCGCCUGAAGAAUCGCCUCCAUAUGUGCUCGAAGACGAGGUCGUAAAGAGUGAGGCGAAUGUUAACGUUGAUAUUGAUGAGCUUUACGAAGAUGCCCAUGAAGACCAACCGCCUUCCAUUCUCAGCAGCCCACUGCGGCGCUCCAAUGCCCCCCAGUUUAUCCUCGACGCGCAGUACCUCGGGAUCCUGGACAACAAGUACUCAUCCUGGUACCCCUGGGCGCUGGAGUGGUCGCGUCCAUCCCCAUCGCUGAUCUCGCUCUUCGCCGACGUGCUGGAGGCCAUGACGAGCCUGGAGACGCUGCAGUGGUCCAUCCCGCCGGCGUACGCGGCGUACUUGGAGAAGCCGUUUGCUGAGCGGGGACUUAUGUUCCCGUCUGUGAAGCGACUAGAGCCCAGCGCGUUCAGCCAGAUUUUGGUCCCCAUGUGUCCUAACCUGGAGACCUUGGAGAACGGCGGCGGGUACGCGUGGAGAGGCUACUGGCCCGAACGCCCGGAUGCCAGGUAUUGGAAAACUAAUCCUUCUUUUCUCGCUCAAGCGGCUCUCAUGUCCAUGCCGGGUAUCAACAGCCUGGGCCUCGAAGGCGAUCUGGACGAACGCUAUCAGAUGAGAUGUGGGAUGGAAGACGACGGCACGCCAGUACUAGAGGUGAGCGCGCCUUUGAUUGCACCCGACUCAACCCACAUUGCUCUCCGACUUCACGAACCUGACGCAACUCAAUCUGCCGCCCCCUCCGCGCUGGGCGUCAGGUUCGACGGCGGCCCCGACUGCGGCAACGCGUACUUCGGACCCGAGGGCAGGGAGUACAAACGCGAAGUUGCGCAAGAGGGGGCAGAGGCCACGGAACGAGCGGCGGCGAUGGUGAUGAAGACCUUGCCGAACCUGAGGGGUUUCGCCAUUGGUGGUAGACAGGCCAACAUCACUCGCGGUCCGGACGGUAGCGUAACAGUAAGUUGGCCUUGGAAGGGCCGCAUGGACGAGUGGCUUAUGGAAGUCGUGCCCGCAUGGUAG